AUGUUUGUUUUAUUUUUAAGUUUUGCUCUACUGAGAAUAUCCGUCAAUUUAUCUACAGAAAAAAAUGCUCCUCUAAAAGCUCAACUUCAAAGAUCAUUAUCACACGUCAAUGACAUGCUCGCCGACAUCGAAGGCAAAAUAGAUAAAGAACGAAGGCUUCUAUUGAAUAACAAAAGAAGAGAUUACAUGGACUACACAAAAAGAAGAGAUUACAUGGACUACACAGUCACAGACAUUUGGUGGGACGACUUCUAUGAGCCUGCACCUGAAAAUUCGACUGAAGUUUCUACUACAUCCAAAUUAUUUGAAAAAACUUUAGAAACAACAGUACCUACCCACCCACCGAACUGGCCAUUCCCAGAAGAUUUUGGUACGAACAUUACACAACAACAAAGCUUGCUCCAAUAUGAUGAUAUAAAAAGUAGUAUGACGGUAGACGGCCUUGGCUACGGCAGUGCUUCCAUAGACAAAUUAUUUAACCUAAUAUUCAAGAAGGAGUUACAACCCGCAAACGAGUUGUUUAUUGCUUUCGUAGCUGACCUAAACGAACGAAUCAGCGCAGGGAAGCUUGCAAGUAUGAGCCGGCCUUUUUUGAGAGCAAUAACGGAUUUCCUACGCGAGGUAGGAUCUUUAAACGAAGGUGUACAUCAUAUUUAUGCAACAGAUAUGAUGGAGUUGGUCCAAAGUGUAAUUAAAAACAAAAAUACAAUUAAUGGUGAAUAUAAAGAACUCAUUGAUUUCUACGACAGCUUGUUUACGAAACAAGAAGGGGAGGAACUCCUUGCAUCGCUCGAAGUAGUCGAACGAUAUCCUCAGGAAGGAAAAACUCCGGAAAAAGUAUGCGAACGGAUGUUAGGUGCCUUCCUAGCUCCGUAUCAAAGGAUAGAGGGUACAGAAGAACAAAAAAAAUUAGUUCGUCUUAUCAACAAAGUUUCUCAAAAAUUUAGAGAAUUUUAUGCUCAGUAUAGUGGCCACAACUCAACUAUCCGACCAGAUGGAGCAUGA